CGUGUGACCGUGGUGGAAGCUUUCCUUAACACAAGACGCCGAACCCUCUCACACGAGCGGCCGCUGUUAAGAGAAAACACCGGACUGUUUUGCGGAGGAAAAAAUUCAAAAAUAAAAUAAGAGGAAACAAACUUUAAAAAAAAAAAAAAAAAAAACACUUUUUGUUUAGCAGGUGGCCCUGACGUCACACGGGGUCGCAGUACGCCCAAAAAUAACAACACCACCUCCGCGCACAAGCAAGUGCCUCCCCUGGGGGGGUUUCUAGUCCCAAAUAUACUUGCUUGCUGGGAUACAGCUUGAUGUGUGUUUGAAUCGUAACGAAAAAAAAAAACAAGCCGCGUCUUUCCUCGCAUUGCGCGUCAUUCAAACAGGACUCAGUGUACUGCUUUUCCCUCUGUUGCAUUAGUAAUAACAGCGGCGUUGACGGGAGACAGCAGGAGAGAGUGUGUGUGUGUCUCCGACAGUGGUGCCCAGCGGAGGAAUAUUUAAGCUUUUUUUAUUUACUCUGCAGCUUGUUGUUCAUUUUCUCUGCGUUAUGGUGAACUUGGACAGUCACGUGUGAAGAUCUCUGCGAGUAUAGAGGACGACGACUUCUCACCUGGUGUGUCCCUUUGACUUUUACCGUGAGGGGAAAUAUACCUGCCAUUUUUUUGUGAUAGCUGAAAUCGCUGGAUUCCUUCCACUCCUGUGACGGACAACAACAGCAAGUUCUCUCCCUAAGGGAUGAAAUAUGCGCACUCUGCGCCCAUAGAAGAAAGCAGACGACACACACUGUAAAGUCCAAAGUGGUUUUAAAUCAUGAUGAUGCAGGAGUCGGCCACAGAGACAAUAAGCAACAGUUCAAUGAGUCAAAAUGGAAUGAGCACCCUAAGCAGCAGCCAAUUAGAGGCUGGCAGUAGAGAUGGGAGAUCAAGCGCUGGUGACACGAGCAGCGAAGUAAGCACAGUCGAGCUGCUGCAUCUGCAACAACAGCAGGCCCUACAAGCAGCGAGGCAAUUACUCUUGCAGCAGCCAGGCAGUGGCCUGAAAUCUCCAAAGAGCCAGGACAAGCAGCGUCCACUGCAGGUUCCAGUGUCAGUGGCCAUGAUGAGUCCCCAGGUGAUAACGCCACAACAGAUGCAGCAGAUCCUCCAGCAGCAGGUCCUUUCCCCCCAGCAGCUCCAGGCCCUGCUCCAACAGCAGCAGGCUGUAAUGCUGCAGCAGCAACACCUGCAGGAGUUUUAUAAGAAACAACAGGAGCAGCUUCAUCUGCAGCUUCUCCAGCAACAACACCCUGGCAAGCAGGUUAAAGAGGUACGGAGAGACCAGAGACAAAGGGUCCUGGCAGCAAGCGCAGCAGCAUGGCGCCCGCGCUCGUCUUCCCAGCAGCAGCUCCAGCAGCAGCAGCACCUGCUCAACAUGCAGCGGCAGGGCCUGCUCUCGCUGCCCGGGCCCGCGCCCGGCCAAGCCGCCCUGCCUGGACAAACCCUGCCCCAGCAAGCAGGCCUCAGUCCCGCAGAGCUCCAGCAGUUGUGGAAGGACGUGACCGGAGGCGGCGGCCACGGUAUGGAAGACAACGGCAUCAAACACAGCAACAGUGGCACUGGCAGUGGCGGGGGUGGCGGUGGCGGCUUAGACCUCUCCACCAACAACUCUUCUUCAACUACCUCCUCCUCCAAUCCCGCCAAAGCAUCACCGCCCAUCUCUCACCAUUCCAUCGCCAACGGACAGUCCCCCGUCCUGAACCACAGAAGAGAGAGGGAAAGGGAACGGGAAAGGGAGCGAGAGAGUUCACUACAUGAAGAAAGUGGAGGGACCCACCCCCUGUACGGCCACGGUGUGUGUAAGUGGCCCGGCUGUGAAAACAUCUGCGAGGACUUCGGACAGUUUUUGAAGCACCUAAACAGUGAACAUGCCCUCGAUGAUCGGAGCACAGCCCAGUGUAGAGUCCAAAUGCAAGUCGUACAGCAGCUAGAAAUACAACUUUCUAAAGAACGUGAGCGUCUUCAGGCGAUGAUGGCCCACUUGCACAUGCGGCCCUCGGAACCCAAGUCAUCUCCCAAACCACUCAACUUGGUGUCCAGCGUCACCAUGUCCAAGAACUUGCCCUCAGCGUCACCCCCCAACUUACCUCAGACACCCACCACGCCCACAGCGCCGAUCACACCCAUGGCCGCCAUGCCCCAGGUACCAUCAGUACUGGGAGGAGCCAACGUCCCCAGCAUGGGAGCCAUGCGCAGACGCCACUCGGACAAAUACUCCAUGCCACUUUCGUCAGAAUGCCGUUCGCCACAACCUCAGUCUGCACAAGUGCUUUGUGCGCGUGGAGAACGUGAAGGGGGCGGUGUGGACGGUAGAUGAGGUGGAGUACCAGAAACGCAGGUCGCAGAAGAUCACAGGAAGCCCAUCACUUGUCAAGAACCUGCCCUCCAGUCUUGGCUAUGGAACUGCACUAAACGCCAGCUUACAGGCUGCCCUGGCAGAGACCUCCCUGCCUUUGCUGGGGACCCCCGGCCUCAUGAACAGCGGCUCCACAGGCCCGAUGGGCGGCAGCUGCCACGGCCUCCUGGGCGGCGACCCGUCUGGCCUGAUGGGCGGAAGUCCACCCGGACUGUUGGGCGGGAGUCCGCCGGGACUGCUGGGUGGCAGCCCCCCAGGUACGCUGAGCGGCAGCCCCCCCACCCUGAUGCAAUCCGCCCACGAGGAGCUCAACGGCUCGCUCGACCACCUGGACACCAACGGACACAGCAGCCCCGGAUACUCCCCACCAGUACACAUGCCACCUGUUCACGUGAAGGAGGAGCCACUUAACAUGGAUGACGACGACUGUCCGAUGUCACUGGUGACGACAGCCAAUCACAGUCCAGAGCUGGACGAUGACCGGGAGCUGGAGGAAGGGAACUUAUCAGAAGACCUGGAGUGACUAGGAUACAGUUUUUGGACGACGUAUCCCUUCACCCAGCCGCACUGUUUCUCUCACACAGACCUCCUGCAAGACUAGAAACCACUCCACAGUCCAAGCAACCACAGCUGACUCUCUCUUUGUCUCUCUCACCACUGGGACUAUUUAUUGCGCAUGCAUCCGGAUGGAGACUGGUCCAAAGGAACUCUUUGUUGCAGCCCUUUGGGAUCCCUAAACAUGACAGGCAUGAGAUGUCUGAUUAAAAAAAAUUAACUCUCUGAAACCUAUUUCAUUAGAGAUGGCGUGGCCACAUACAGUACAAGGAUGAUGGACUCAUGGAUGGGGGAAAAACAUGAAACAAAUGAGCAAAUCAUGUUCCGUUGAAAGCUAGCGGCCUCAUAUACUGCCAAAAAGGAAGACGUUUUAUGUUUGUGAAUAAUCCAACCCCCCAGUAGUUGUUAAUGUCUAGAGACAAUUGCUGGUUCAAUUCAAGUUGUUGCUCUGUUAUCAUUUGCACAGGAGUAGUCUCAGAAAUUUGUGUCACUGCCUGUAUGUUGCUACUAUUAUAAAAACCAGUAUAUUAUUUUUAGCUCUUUUUUUUUUUUUUUUAACCAUCGUUAAUUUCCAAAUAUGAUUUUAGACACCACCAACUGUAAAUGCCAUUCCCUGAAUCACACCAGUAACGGAACUUCGGUACCAAAACUGUUGUUGCAGCUGUCCAGAAAAAAGAAAAAAAAAGAGAAAAAAAAGAAAGGAAAAAAAGUUGGCUUCCAGUCUAUUAUCUGUUUGUGAUUAAAAGUAAAAAAAAAAAACUGGAAAUUCAGUUGGGGAAAAAAUAAUAGUUUGUGUAAAGCACCAUUUACAAAACAAAUGCAUUUCUGCAUCAUUUUCUCCUUGCUGUUCUCCUUACCUCCUCGUUCUAAAGCUUUGUCUACCUGCAAACAGUCACAGGCAACAGCUAGAAACCAAAGCCAACACUAGCAAUGGCCAAUAGCUUAUAGACAGAAGCCACCAAACUCCUCUUGGUCCGUCUUCUGUGACUUUAAACUAGUACAAAGAGAAGCUUUUGUUCCGCAAACUACCUUCGAAUAACCUCUGGGAUUGUUUCAUUUAGCCCUAUACAAAGAUGAUCACGAGUUAAGAGAGAGGGGAAAUAAAUGCUGAUUUUGAUGUGUAAUUUGAUUAACUCAUAGAACGUCCACUUUGGAGAUUUUCUGCCAGACGUACCGUAAGUAUAAAAAAGGUGAUGUGAUAUUUGAACUGCAGGCAUCUUGUGCUGGUGAUUUGACUGGUAGAGAGCAGCUAACUGUAAAAGUGGAUUAUGACCAAAACAAAACAUUUGUGUAUUCAAUGGAAGUGCAGAAACAUUGUGUUGUUGUGAAGUUUAUUUUAAGUUUUUACUCUUUGUUAUGCAUUACACAUCAAAAGUCAUUGGGGGUUUUUUUUUAAUGAUUUUUUUCUAACCUGGUGAAUAUGUAAUGUUCUAAGUGGGACUGUCAAAAUAAUGUCACGUCUUAUUUCCGUGGCGGUUUUGUUUCCGAGCCGCGUUGAAACCGAAACUGAAAACAUCGCUAACCAAACAUGAAAAAUAUCUAGUGAAGCCAAAUAAGUCAUAAUUUCAAGUUGAUAUGAAAUGAUGUGGCUUGGUUACCAUGUAAAAGCAAAUAAUAAUAGCCAUUGCAGAAGAGGAUAUCUAAGGUGAGAGUUAACCUUUUCUAGGUGAUAUUUGCUUUAAUAUGUCAUCAAAAAUACUCAUGGUGUGUUUCAUAGCUUCCAAACUAUAUAGAUACAACCGGUGUCAGCACUGGUGUACUCUGUAUAGGUAGCCAGCUUUUUAUAACACACUUGGUAUUUAUAAGAAACUAAAGAGAAGUAGUUAUUGUGGAGACCACGUCCCAUCAUUUCCCUCACAGCCAAUGUCAUCUAGAAAAGUGUUGUUGCUUUAAUGGUCAUUUCUGUUUUCAGUAAACCAAAGUUACACAAAAUUCUGCCUCCUCUUGUAUGGGAUAAAGAAAUGCUAAAAAAAAAAAAACACACACACACCCUGGCAGAGACAAGCAUACAUGUGCACGAACAGACACACACAUACAUACACACACAGGGACCCCGAGCUUUUGCCAACUUUCUCUCCAGCUGCAGAAAAUGUACGCUGUCAAAGAACCAACGAGUGGCUUUGUAUCGUGCUGUAACGAGCAAUGCGUCUGCCUGCUUUGACCAAAGUGGAAACACUGUGCUUAUGUUGUUUUCAAGUGUUGUGCCAAGCCAAGGAAUUGGCUGUAAGAGCUUAACACGCAGACACAUGCAGUACUGUACAAACACACAGCAUGUCAAGUACACACACAAAUACACACACACACAUAUACCAGUUCCACGUCAAGAGGGUACUGGGCACAGGAACAAAGCUUAUCCCUUCAAUACUUGGCUGGAGUCAGCAAAACGACUUGAAGACGACGUUCUUAAUAAUCUUAUCACACCAAAUAAAAAGGACGUGGCGUCUUUCAAAAAAAAAAAAAAAAGGGUUCUCCCACUUACCCAAAAAGGCUUUCUAAAAGCUUCUACCUCUGCACAACAAAUUCAGAACAAUUAUGACAGAUUGCACGAGUUAUUAGAAUGCCACAAGAGCUGUUACACUUUACUACGCUUGUCUCAUAGGACGUGGCUCAAACCAACGUUUACAUUCCCUGCGUCAAGAUAUGGAAGAUUUGCAUUGUAAUAGGUUGUCCUCAAACAUUUGUAGAAUGAUAAUGUAUAGAUUACCUGUAAGGGAAUAUUGUGUUUUAAAAAUGCAUGUCUAAAAAUCAUUUGGUGGACUGGAAACAAGAACCAAUAAAAAGAAUAUAAUAAAAAUCAUCGGGACGAUGGCCUAAAUGUACGUACAAUGCAUAGGAGUGCAUUACCUCAGAUAUACUGUUUUGGGAGGGAUAAAACCUGUCAGCCACAGAAUGCAUAUUACCUGUAGAUUUGCAUGGGUUUUGUAUAAAUUAAGUAAAAAAAUGUCUAAAAUAGUUGCUUGCACAUAAUACCAGAAAGACCUCCAGAACUGCGAUCUGCUCCUCCACUAGAUUUUAGGAUUGUCUGGAUUUUCUGGGUUGAUUUUGUCUGUAUUUUGAUAACUGUGCAUACUUAUGUAAAAAAAUGUUGGUGGACCCAUAAAUUUACCAGACUUUUUUCUAAGAGGAAAAAAAAAUCUCAGUGUUUCUUUUCUGACUUACCUGAAUUUUUACUGUUUCUCUCUCAUUGCUCGCUAAGAAUAGCAAACCUGCUUUUUCUGCAUCUGCUUUGCGUAGCUGUAAGGCUUAACCUAAUGUGUGUAUUUAUUGCUUGUACCUCUGUGCAUACUUUAUGAAGCAUUAUGUCUGGCAGUUGAGUCAUGUAUCCUUUCUACUGCUAUCCUUCUCUAAUAAUUGGGAAUAUGAUCCCCCUAUGUAUACAGUAAAUUGGGACUGUAGCAAACAUAUGUUUAUGUAAUUGGUGAAAACUUUUUUCGUUUGUUUCAUUUCCUUUUGAUCGAGAUUCAACUACUUUUUUUGAUACUUUUCAUUACUGUGUACUGUGUCCAUACGUUAAAGGUUCUCUGACAUUAGAAGGUCAUGGUUGAGAAUUGUAACAGACGUUAUUAUUUUCUGUAUUCAUGGCAUUUCACUGCUGAAUAAAAUAAAGGACCAAAACUUGGAAUUUGAAAA